CUUGCGAGCACAGCUCCAGCCAUAACAUGGACAUAAGGACUCUAGCUCUGUUUUCCAUUCUGCUGGGAUCCCUCUGCCUUUCUGAGGGAAAACCAGUCAGCUUGGUUUACCGAUGUCCCUGCAGAUACUUUGAAAGCAAUGUGCCAAAAAGCAACAUCAAACACCUGAAGAUCCUUUCCACUAGCAACUGCUCCCUGCAAAUUGUGGCCCGCCUGAAACACAAUGGUAAACAGAUAUGCCUGGACCCCAAGACUAAAUGGAUUCAGGAGUACCUGGAGAAAGCCCUGAACAAGAAGGUAAAGACUUAAUUUCUUUGUCAGUUUUCUGGCGCAGAAGUAACGAUGUACAACUGAAGCUCCAGCAUUGACUACAAGCAACUCCACAGGCUUCUAGCUGCACACAGUACUCAUAUGAAUCAUAAGGUGCUUCUUCUACCUACAUAGAAAGACAUGAUGCUUUUCAUGCCAGUACUAAUGCAGAAUGGACGGCUGCACUGAUAUAUGAACUUUUUUUUGAAAACUUUCUUCUAAUCUUUCCAACUUUGCUUCCUGUCAGAUGGCACUUAAGGCCUGCACAUUUGUUUUCAAUAGGGAAGAGCACAGGCACAAAUCACAAAGGGCAUUUGGCACCAAAUAGAGCACUGUGCAGGGCACCACUCUUUUUAAAUUAGGUAAUUACAUUUCAAUAUGCUGAUUAUGUUUUUUUUAGCCAAAAGCUUUAGCCUUGCUGAUGCAAAAAGUGUUAAAGCAGAUGUGGUUUUAGUCAUAAUCACAAAAAUGUGCUUGCUUGGCAGAGGCAAUAAUUUUUUCAAUGCUAGUAUAUCACAUGUACUCUGAUGGGUCAAAUAUUCAUUGUCGUCAGAAAUUACCCACAAGCAGUCCUUUUUAGUAAGGCAACUGGGAUUUACAGCAAAUUUAUCAAAGGGCCCCCACAACUUUCAGCAGCUGAACUAACUUCAUAAAUCAUUUUAAAAUUGCUUAUUAAUUAUAGACCCCCUGGGCCCUCUUUACUCCUGGGCCAAUUUAUUGGAGGCACUUUACUGGAGGAGUAUAGAAGCAUUGCCCUUCUUUUUAAGUUGUCUGUCAGGUAAUCAGUAGUGAUAAGUGAAUCUGUCCCUUUUCGCUUCGCCCAAAAAUUUGCAAAACAACAGCAAAAUUCGAUUUUUUUUUUUGUCGCCUGCCCCCAUUUUUACACGACCGCACCCUUUUUUAUGCAUCCACGGGCAUUUCUUAUGUGUGCCGAAUUUUUCAGUGGUAAAUUUCCUCGGAAGUUUAGCGAAACAAUUUGUCAAUGGCGAAAUGAGGAAAUUCGCUGCAAAUCUAUGUCUGGCGAAAAAAAUUCACUCAUCACUAGUUUUGGGUUGAUACUGGGAAUUUUUCACCAGCAAUGAAGUGAAAUGGCUGUCAGUGGAAUAAUACAGUUUUAUAGCUAGAGGGACCCAGGUUGGGCAUCUCUGCAUUACAUAAAAUGCUUGUCUCUUGCUGUUUCUGUUGUUAAACUGCAACUCCUACCAUUCCCCUAAUUCCAUAAUUUUUUCUGCUUAAUUGCGCUUGUGAUUGAUGCAUAAAAAGACAUGCAUAUAUUUGGUAUUAAACUAGAUACGAAUUACAACUUUUUGAAAGUCAGGUUUUUCAAUGCUUUAAGUUAAAAUUACCUUUGCACCCCACUAUGGAAACCUUGGAAUUACCAUUAUGUUUAAGAUGGAGGUAGCCCUAGGGUUCUAUAAUAUCAGUUGGCACGCCUCUGCACUAUUCAGCAGAAGAGGCAGGACAGAUGCAAUGGUGCUUGUUGCAACUAUACUGAGGUGCAAAAAGUGUGAAGGAAUGCAAGUACUUUUAAUGAAUAGCAUCAAUAAGGAUAACAUUUUAUACAUUUUAGCGUCAUUGCACUUGUUGCUGAGUUUGUAAAUUACUCCUAUGAAGUUAGUUGGAGUCUAUCUUGGCAUCUUCAGUACUCCUAGGGAGUGAUUAAAAAGUUACGGCUUUGCAUGAGUACAAAUUGGGCUGCUAUAGAUUUUUAGCUGCUAGGUUAUACACUUCCAGUGACCUGCCUUAGUGACCUGCUUCAGAUCCUGGAGGACUGAAUCUGGUAUAAACUGAUUUUUUGUUGGAAAAACACUGAAGAUAAAUUAUGUAUUUACUAUUGCUUAGAAGAAUUUUCUACCUGAAAGCAGCUUCGUUUUUUAUAGCAGAAAUGACAGAGUGUACUGCUUGCAGUGUAAAGAUCUGUCUUUGUAUGUGUUGUAUACAUGAGCCACAUGAAUGCACACAUGCUAUGGAUUUAGCAGGAAUGUUGCUAAAUAACUUGUAUACAUGUAAUUUGGAUCCCCUGUAGGUUUUCAAUGUAGUGGGGGGAUUUUUUUAUGAGUAUAGCUUCUGGUGCUGGUUUGAAUUCAAAUUGUCAUUUUAAAAACAAAUUGGGCUUAAAAUGGUCUUACAUUUCAUCUUGUAGGGUCUAGUAUGGAUGAUUAUGCUUUUGUAUUAUUCUUAUUGGUAAAGUUUAGCCCUUUGUGUCUUCCUUUACAUAAACCCUUUAACAUAACCUAAUAUUGUAUGUUGUACAUGGUUUUGCCUUUCUUCAUGCAUAAACACAGGUAAACUAAAUAAAUCAAUGUCUUCUGUAACUAUAAGGCUGUCUUCCCUAAACUGUAUAUUCCUAGGUAAGCAAAAAUGGCACAUAUAAACCCAUAAAUUUGCAUCUUUUAUCCACUGGAUUCCUACAGGGACAUUCAUAUUUGCAGAGUUAUUUUAAUCUGCUGUCUAUUUUCCUUCCUUCAUUGCAUUAAAAUUCCCAGAUAAUGUGAAAAGUGAACCUUGGUAUCAUGAAGGCAGUUCCGUCUGUGCCCGUCUGUUCUGUGUCUUUUUGUAACCCUCUACAUAGCUACUUUUUUUUAUACAAAAUAUAUAUUUUUGAUUACUUGUAUCUGCCUAUGCCCUUAUAUCUAAGUAAUAUCUACAUAAUAAAGGAUAAAGGAUUUUGUUA